AUGGGUAGGGUUAAGUUGAAGAUUAAAAGACUUGAGAGCACAGCCAACAGGCAAGUUACAUACUCGAAGAGAAAAAGUGGGAUAUUGAAGAAAGCCAAAGAGUUAUCGAUUUUGUGUGAUAUUGAUAUUGUCCUUCUUAUGUUUUCUCCUACCGGCAAGCCUAACGUUUUCCAUGGAGAACACAGUUGCAUUGAAGAGGUUAUUUCUAAGUUUGCGCAAUUAACUCCACAAGAAAGGACAAAAAGGAAAUUGGAGAGCCUUGAAGGAUUGAAGAAGACUUUUAAGAAGCUGGAUCAUGAUGUAAAUAUAAAUGAGUUUUUAGGAGCAAGGAAUCAAACUAUUGAGGGUCUAAGUAACCAGGUAGCGAUUUUCCAAGCUCAGCUUAUGGAGUGUCAUAGGAGGUUGAGUUGUUGGACGAACAUCGAUAGAAUAGAACACACUGAGCACCUCAAUUUAUUGGAAGAAUCAUUGAGGAAAUCUAUUGAAAGAAUCCAGAUUCACAAGGAACAUUACAGAAAGAACCAACUUCUGCCAAUAGAAUGUACAACGACACAGUUUCACAGCGGGAUACAGUUGCCUUUGGCGAUGGGAGGUAAUAACAGUAUGCAAGAAGCUCACUCCAUGUCCUGGCUUCCAGAUAACGAUAACCAGCAAACAAUCUUACCUGGCGAUUCCAGCUUUCUUCCUCAUAGAGAUAUGGAUGGUUCGAUUCCGGUUUACUCAAACUGCUUCUUUGAGACUACAAAACAAGAAGAUCAGAUAUGCAGCAACCCCGGGCAACAGUUUGAGACUUUAGAACAACAAGGAAACGCAACCGAACUAACUCAAGAGUAG